UGCGUGUUUUUAUCUGUGGACGAUUUUGGUUGCUUCAAGUUAACUGUGUUUAACUCUUAUUUUUAGUUAAAAAUUUCUAGUGUGAAGUUCAAUAGAAUUGUCGCUGCGAAAAUGUUUAUGUGCUGUGUGCAAUGUAUGAGGACAACUAGGGAGAACAUUCAAUAAUGAUCAAUAAACUUUAAAGUGUAAUUAGUGAAAGCAAGAAUAUAAGUUAAUAACACAAAUCAACAACAAGAGAAUAACUCUAAUAAUGGCGCUGCCAAAAAAGAUCAAAUGUUUUAAGUAUUUAGUUUACAGUUAUGUGUUCCUCUUGGCGUUAACAGGAGCAGCUCAAAUAUUUUUGGGAACAUCCCUAUUGUGGGGUCACUCGGUGUAUUACGGGAUUGUACAGAACAAGCUGUGGGCUCCUGCCGCAAUACUCCUAUGCCUCGGACCUGUUACCUUCAUACUGUGCUGGAUGGGCUGUCAGGCGACCAAUCAGAGGAAGCGCUGUCUCCUUGGCAUGUUUGCAGCUCUUUUAGUGGCUUGUAUAUGUGUUCAAUUCAUUAUCUGUGGUUGGUCCUUGGCGAUGCGAGAGAAUCUUCCAACAUCCGUAGAGAUUUUCAUCGACGAUUCGUUUGUAGAGUUUUUAGACAAGUUUUCAAGAACUAAAGUUGACAACUUACAUUUGUGGAAUCGUAUGCAAUCUCAGCUACAAUGCUGCGGAGUUGACGGACCUCUUGACUAUCGACGCCUGUCCCUCCCUUGGUCCUGCUGCUCCCGUCCCGAGCACGCCUACGAAUCGGCCUGUGACACUCACUAUAAACGGGGCUGUUUGGCAGUUGUAUCGGAGCAGAUCAAGAGUCGUCUGCUGAUAACCGCAUUUGGAGCUGCAAUUAUUGCCAUUCUUCAGAGCUUGGGCAUCUUCUGUGCGGUACACUUGACCAUAUUGUUUGGAAAGAACGACAAUACCCAUCCAAUGAAUGUAAACAGGAAAAAGAAGCAACAGCAAUUUUUGCCAUUGACCAUACAGGACAAGAGGCAUGAUUUACCAUCACCAAUCAAUCUGUCGCCAUCAGCACCCGGCCAGCGUGUUUUAAAAACUAAUCUGCCUCCGGCAAUGCACAAAUGACAGACGAUUAGCUUUUAAUAUUUAAAAAAAUUUAUGAAAACUCCAAAAGUUAUAAAAAUGUUGUAACCUGAGAUGGAAUGAAUAUAACUGUGACCCUCAAUGUUA